GUGAUUUUGGUCUUCUAAUUUACUCCCAGAAUCAGUUUUUUAGAAGCGGAGGGAGACCAGCUUCUGAAAACUGAUUCUGAUUCUGCUUUAAAAAAGAAGCUGAAGCAGAAUCAGUUCCAAACACCCUCGAAAAAACUGCCUGAUAAGUCCGAUAAGCCGAAAAAAGGGGUCACCAAACGGGCUCUAAAUGAUAUAACAAUAGAUUUUUACUCAUAAAUACUCCUUUCAUCCCAUUUAAAUAUUUAUAUUUUCCUGCUUGAGAUGUCCCAUUUAAAUUUUUAUGUUUUCCUUUUGACAGCUCUUUUUACAUUAAAUGUUCUAACUAUCUUUCACUACCCACCCAAUUUUUACAUUUGAUUUGAUAGACAUCUGUUCUCUUGUUUAGUUCCACUCUUAAAAUAUCGUACCAAAAGCAAAUGUCAACAUUUAUCACGUUUUUUACUUUGAUUGUUUUCAAUUCCAAACCAAACCAGAGUUGAAUAUGUAUAAAAUAUACUGAAACCAACCAGACAUUUAUCAAACCAUAAAAAUUGAAGAACUAAACCAAACCAAAGGAGACAUUUAGCAAACUUGAACGCACGGUUGCAAAUUUUUUGAGAAAAAGAGCAAAAUUUUCAAAUUCCCGCGGAACCUCAGCGCUGUGCGCCCAAUCCACUUCCACGUGGUGAGAGUUCAUUCGUUAUCGUGUCAUUCCGAGGAUCGCAAUCUGAAGCAUGAGCCCUGAUCCAAUCUGAACCGCCAAAGGUGAAAUUAAUCAACGGUUGGCGCAGUCGCCAACUGAAAACCCAAAUCAAAAGGCUCUAUAAGAACCCGCCUGCACUUCGUUCAGAAUCUCACCACCAUUUCAAAGCAAGCCUUCAAUCUCUGAGUGUGAAUCGAUUUUUGUAAGGCUACAAAUGGCUCGUACCAAGCAGACAGCUCGCAAGUCCACCGGAGGGAAGGCUCCCCGCAAGCAGCUCGCCACUAAGGCCGCCAGGAAGUCAGCUCCGGCGACCGGAGGGGUGAAGAAGCCUCACCGCUUCCGCCCAGGCACAGUCGCGCUGAGGGAGAUCCGGAAGUACCAGAAGUCUACGGAGCUUUUGAUCCGGAAGCUUCCAUUUCAGAGGCUCGUGAGGGAAAUCGCCCAGGACUUUAAGACGGAUCUUAGGUUCCAGAGCAGCGCCGUGUCGGCCCUCCAGGAGGCGGCCGAGGCAUACCUGGUUGGACUCUUCGAGGAUACCAACCUUUGUGCCAUUCAUGCCAAGAGGGUCACCAUUAUGCCCAAGGAUAUGCAGCUGGCAAGGAGGAUCCGCGGGGAGAGGGCUUAAUCCAUGAAAUCUUAGGGGGUGCUAUCGAAUGUAAUGAAGCUCUUAGAUGUUUAAUGUUAAUCAGUCAAUGAAUUCACCUUUUAAUUAGAAUGUGUUAUUGAUAUUCUGGUAUCAACUCGUGUUCAGAUGUUCAUUCGUCGUUGGAUUUCUUUAAAUCCAUUGUCUCUCAUUUGCAAACAACAAAAUCUUUUUUUUAGGCGAACCACACUUUGUAGUUUUGUAUUUGGAUCUUGAAGGAAUUUCAGAAUCUGCUAAAUUGCAUUUCUUCAGUUGUCCUUAAAUUAAUUCUCAUUUUUUUGCUAGCGG